AUGUCCAUCGAGGGCGCUCGAGAUGCGCCAGGCAAGACUGCCAACGUGGGCGCUUAUGGCGUGCAUGAAAAUGUGCAACAUGGCGAUUUUGUCACUGAAAACGAGGAGAGGGAUCUAAGACGUGGGUUGGGGCAGAGGCAUAUUCAGAUGAUUGCGCUAGCUNNGGUAAUUGCACCUCAGACUCACCCUCUCGCAUCAUUUGACACUGCUGCAGGCGCAAUCGGCACCGGACUCUUCUUGGGACUUGGAUCUUCUCUACAGACUGGUGGACCUUUGGGCGCUUUGCUUGGCUAUGCUUUUGUCGGUCUCAUUGUCUGUGCUGUGCAAUUCGCUCUUGGAGAAGUUACUGCUCUACUCCCGGUCACUGGAUCUUUUGUCCGCCAUGCAGAGUUUCUCGUCGAUCCUGCACUGGGCUUCGCCAUAGGAUGGAACAUUGUUUACGGCAACUGGCUGUCGAUUCCUUCAGAGAUCUCGGCUAUUUGCGUGCUCUUUCAGUACUGGACUGAUAUCAACUCGUCCUUGUGGAUUGUCAUUUUCAUCAUUCUGACCUUUGUGGUCGGCAUUGCAUUCGUCGGCAUUUACGGCGAGGUGGAAUUCUGUUUCGCACUUUUGAAAAUAGCACUGGUCGUUGGUUUGAUCAUUCUGGGUCUUUGCAUCGACCUUGGCGGUGUAUCUGGAGUUCCUCGCAUCGGCUUCAGAUAUUGGAAAUCUCCCGGUCUUUUUGUCGAACACAUUGCUACUGGAGCAUGGGGCAACUUUCUCGGUUUCUGGAGUGUCAUGAUCAAUGCGGUUUUCUCUUUUGCCGGUGUCGAAUCCAUCGCCAUGGCUGCAGCAGAGACGAAGAAUCCGCGCCAGAACAUCCCGAAGGCGUGUAAAAGGGUCUUUGCACGUGUAUCGUUAUUCUACGUCGCUACGGUGUUGAUCGUGGGCAUGUUGGUGUCUAGCGAUGACCCACGUCUUGAGGAUGAGAGUGGCACCGCUGCCCAAAGUCCUUUUGUGAUUGCUGCUUCUGCGGCAGGCAUCAAGGCCAUUCCUUCAAUCGUGAACGCCGUGGUCAUUUCGUCCGCUUGGUCGUCUUCAAAUCAGGCUCUCCUGGCUGGAACACGUGUGCUCUAUUCAUUGGCGUUGAAAAAACAGGCCCCUGCUAUUUUCUUGCGCACGACUGCUUGGGGUGUACCCUACAUGUGCGUCCUGGUACAGACUCUAUUCAUGUUUUUGGCCUUUAUGAGUUUGUCUUCUGGAGCUCUAACCGUGUUUUAUUACAUGAUCGAUCUCGUCGGUUGUGGAGUGCUCAUAUCCUGGUCGUGUGUACUGAUUUGCCAUUUGAGACUGAUGGCGGCGCUCAAGAAACAGGGGAUCGAGAGGACGGAGUUGCCAUGGCACAACAAGUGGACUCCUUACAGUUCUGCUAUUGCACUACUUGUUUGCCUGUUGAUUCUACUAACCAAUGGUUUCGCUGUGUUUACCCGUGGCGGGUGGAGCACUGCUUCGUUCAUCUCGGCAUAUCUCGAUAUUCCUCUGAUCCUAAUCGCGUACUUUGGAUGGAAGUUUACCAAGGGAACAAAGAUUGUCGCACUCGAAGAUAUUCCUCUCAGAGCUGCCUUGGAUGAGAUCAGAGAUAAUCCUGAGACACCCGAGCCGGUGCGGAAGGGUUGGAAAGGUGUUGUGAUGAAGCUGCUCUGGGAGUAA